AUGGCAAAGGAUGGAGAUCAAGGCGAUUGGAAAGAGUUUAUAUGGAACCCCAGGACGAGGGAGUUUCUCGGCAGGACGGCGAGCAGCUGGGGUCUUAUAUUGGUCUUUUAUUUACUAUUCUACAUCUUCCUGGCCGGCAUGUUUACCCUCACCAUGUAUGUAAUGCUGCAGACCUUGGAUGAUCACAAACCAACCUGGCAAGACAGGCUCACCACACCAGGCAUGGUGAUUAGACCCAAAGCAGAUGAGACCUUUGAGAUUGUCUAUAACAUCCAGAAAACCGAGAGCUGGGACAUGUACGCUCAGGCCUUGGACAACUUCCUGUCACCCUACAACAACUCCGUCCAGGCCCAGAAAAAUGACGAGUGCACCCCAGACCAUUACUUUGUCCAGGAUGACAGCGGCGAUGUGAAGAACAACCCUAAGCGCUCCUGUCAGUUCAACCGCACCAUUCUGGAGGACUGCUCUGGAGUCGGUGACCGUUACUAUGGAUACCAGGAUGGCCAGCCAUGUAUCAUCAUCAAGCUGAAUCGGGUGAUUGGGAUGCUGCCAGGAAAGGAUGGACAGGCUCCGUAUGUCACAUGUGGGGCAAAGAGAUACAGAGUUGGCAAAGAUGAAUGGAAAGAAGACAGUGACAAAAUUGGAGAGAUGUUAUACUUCCCUCCAAAUGGCACUUUCAACCUCAUGUACUACCCCUACUAUGGCAAGAAAGCUCAGGUGAACUACUCUCAGCCUUUAGUUGCCGUCAAGUUCCUUAACAUCACUGUCAAUCAAGACGUCAACAUCGAGUGCAAGAUCAACGCCAACAACAUUCCUAUCGGGAGUGAAAGAGACAAGUUCGCUGGUAGAGUGUCUUUCAAGCUGAGGAUCAACACAGUUAACUAGGUUUACCUUUCCCACCUAUGAAAACCACUUUCUUCAUUCUCUGCAACAUUGCACAUACACAGAAACUAAUUGCAGGA